AUGCCUUCCAUUAGCCAGCUCGUCUCUGCUGCUCUCGCAGCAGGAACGUUUACCGCUGUGAACGCGGCUAUGGGCCCUGCCUUUAGCACUGGUCCUGUUGCUUCCAACUCCUUCAUCCGCGAAGCAACCUCCACUCUCAUCCUGCCCACCCUUGUCGAAAACAACAGGGGAGACCUUUCCCUUUGGGUCGGCAUGGGCACCUCCAACGGAGACUUGAUCCAGUCCAUCACCGACAAGUGGCAAUCCAAUGAGUGGAGUGUCUAUACCUACACGCUCCUGAAGACUGGAGAGAAUUCGCAGUACCCUUUGCAGGGCAAGAGCGCCCCCGCCAAGCCUGGCGACCACGUAACGAUGCACUACAAGUACGAUGAUGCUUCUGGCAACUACACGCAAACUCUUUCCGUGAAUGGAAAAGUCGUUUCCACACUCUCCACCAGCGACGGACAUGCGCAGGGCUGGGGUAGCGCUGUGGAGUGCGCCGCAAACGACUGCGGCACUGUCGGUGCUCACUCCUGGAUCGACACCAAGAUUAUCCUGGACCGCGCGGAUCCCAACUACAAAUACACCAACUACAAGGGCCAGGGCGUCACCGGCGAGAUGUCCACUUCAGAUGGUGGCAAGACCUGGACUGUUGGCACGAUUCACAUUCCUCAGUUCACAUUUUAA